AUGUCUGAAAUUCGGACGUGGACGGUCAAAGUGCCUUAUAUCGACAUAGCGGGAACACUCCUCGAGGGCCCAUUUCACGAUGCAGCCAACAAUGAGUUUCGCUUCGUCGACAUCUGGGAGCACAAGCUGUACCGCCUCGAUCUAGCACGUGGGCCCGAAUCCCUGAGGGUAAUUGACACCGAGACUUCCAUCGGCGUGACGGCCAACAUUGCCGAGGAUCAGGAUCAGCUGAUAGUUGCGGCCAAGCAUGGAUUUGCUCGGCUGAACCGGUCCACCGGGAAGCUGACCUACAUCGCCGAAGCCUGGGGCGAAGAGCCGGGGAAGGCGGAGAUAAUGCGCUUCAACGACGGCGCCAUCGACAGCCACGGGCGCUUCUGGGCCGGCGCCAUGAAUGACCCGAAAGUCAAGAAGCCCGGUCCAGAGGGCGUGCUCUUCAGACUGGACCCGGACCUCAGCUUGCACCGCAUGCUGGCCCCAGUGACGAUCCCCAACGGGAUUGGCUGGAACCUCGCCAAUGACACUAUGUACCUGACCGAUUCACCGACGGGCCAGAUCUUCGCUUUCGACUUUGACGCAGCCACGGGGGAUAUCAGUAACCGGCGCGUGCAUUUCGAUCUUGGGGAGCCGCUUGAGCCAGAUGGAUUUGUGAUGGAUGAGGAGGACUGUAUCUGGACAGCGAUUUAUGGCGGGGGCAAAGUGUUGCGCGUGUCCACGGAGGGGAAGGUGAUUGCGAGGAUUGAUUUGCCUACGCGCAAUCCCACCUGUCCAGCCUUCGUGGGGACAGAGCUGUUUAUCACGUCUGCCAAGGACGAUAGAGAUGAUGAGUGGCUGCCCCAAUCCGUUCGGUAUGGUGGAUGUCUGUUUAGGAUUGACGUUGGAGUCAGGGGGAAGGCGAAGAAUGAGUUUCGGUUUGCGUAG